GAGAGCGAGAGAGGAGGGGUUUAAAGCCAUACAAAUGUAAGGAAGUUGUGACGAGGAACUAACUGAAUGUAGUGAAGUUUCACAAGACCCACAGUGACUGACUGUGUAACGUGUUCGCAGCAGACAAACAGUUUAAAUCCCGCCUUUUUUCACUAAAGAAGGGAAAUAAACAAUUUACCAUAGAUAUAAAUUAUUUCAGGGAUUAGCGUCUGAAAGCAGCGAUGGCUCCUUCUCUGGCCCAGGCCUAUCGUAGGCGCUGGUGGAUGGCGGUGACUGCGGUCAUAGAGAACCUGCUGUUCUCUGCUGUGCUGCUGGGCUGGGGAUCGCUACUCAUCAUGCUCAAGAACGAGGGCUUCUACUCACACCUCUGCAUAAACAAUGAGACAGUGUUCAGUAACAUCAGUUCGUGGGACAGUGGUAUCUGGCAUAGCUGCGUGGACCAGGAAGAGAUGUUGAAUCUGGGCUUUACCAUUGGCUCCUUCCUGCUGAGUGCAGCCACUCUGCCGCUAGGUAUCCUGAUGGACAAGUACGGGCCACGCCCACUCCGCCUCCUCGGCAGUGCGUGUUUUGCUUUCUCUUGUGCCAUGAUAGCUGGAGCUGCCUAUAACCCUGAAGUACUCUCGGCCCUCAUUUUCAUCGCUGUCUCCUUCAACGGCUUUGGAGGAAUCUGCCUGACCUUCACCUCCCUCACGUUACCCAACAUGUUUGGGAACGUGCGCUCCACCAUCCUGUCUCUAAUGAUCGGCUCCUACGCCUCUUCAGCCGUCACAUUCCCUGGAGUCAAGUUGAUCUAUGAUCUAGGUGUGUCCUUCAGGGUGAUCAUGUGGGUGUGGUCGGGGCUAGCCGGUCUCGUCUUCCUCAACUGCUUCCUUAAUUGGCCGAUGGAGGCUUUCCCCGCACCCGAGGAGAUCAGCUACACCAAGGAGGUGAAGCUGAGUGGCAUGGUGAUGGAUGACAAGGUGACGGGGGACAGAUUCUACAGUCAUGUGACCACGUUGGGAGAGAAGAUGGCUCCGAAGCAGCAGGAGCCAGAUCCCUCGUCAGAGCACCUCCCACCUGGAGAACAGACACAGGGUGGCCCUCCGUUUCGUAGUUCAGUCUGCUCGCCCAUCUUCCUGUGGAGUCUCAUCACCAUGGCAAUGACCCAGCUGCGCAUCAUCUUCUUUAUGGGCGCCAUGAACAGGAUGCUGGAAUUCCUGGUUACCCACGGAGACCCACACCCCUCUAAGGAUCUAUUGAUGGAGGCAGAACAACAAGUGGGUUUCUACUCGUCAGUGUUUGGCUCCCUGCAGCUGCUCUGCCUCCUCACCUGUCCUCUGAUUGGCUACAUCAUGGACUGGAGGAUGAAGGAGUGCGACGUAGACCAGAGCCAACUUGAACCCCCGAAGAGAGACAGGAAGAUCCAGAAACUGACCAAUGCCAUCCGCGCUUUCAUCAUCACCAACGUUCUACUGGUCAUCUUCGGAGUCAUCCAGAUGCUAGACAACCUGCCUGUACAGAUAAUUUCCUUCAUCGUCCACACCAUGGUCAGAGGUUUCGUCCACUCCUGUGCCGGAGGACUCUAUGCUGCCGUAUAUCCGUCCAAUCACUUUGGGACAUUGACGGGGAUGCAGUCGAUGAUCAGCGCGCUGUUCGCUCUCCUCCAGCAGCCUCUCUUCGUCAUCAUGGUGGGACACCUGGGAGGAGACCCCUACUGGAUCAACCUGAGCCUGCUCAUUGCCUCAUUGGCUGGAUUCCUGUUGCCUGGAUACCUGAUCUAUCACCGUAGGAACCUGAUGCGAGAGAAGGUGGAGAAGCGUGAGAGGGAGGCCGCUAACCAAUCAGAAAGAGAGAGAGAAACCUUAAGGCAAUCAGAAAAUGGCCAUACCAAAAACCAUACUAAUGGACAUCUCAGCAAUUAAGCCUAAGAAUCUUGACCGAACUAACAGUCAAAUAUCAUCGUCGUUAAUUGUAAAAUAUCAUUAUAGACCAUCGUCAUGAUGAUGACAUUGAUGGUUGUCAUUUUCAACAAGGACAGUGAUGACAAUGUUGUGCACAGGAGUUUGGACUUGGGUCCAUGUCGCCCUUAAUCCGUUUUUAAUUUGACAUCAAAAUGCACACUCAAUAUACUCAUGACUGUUUUAGGUAUGAAAUGCCAAAGAAAUCCUAAAAUAUACAUUUAACUCAUAUUUAUUUGAAUUAAAAACAUGGAAAUCUCAAUGGAAAUCGAGGUUCGGCAAUUCAAUAACUAAGCAAUAAUAUUUCCGAUGACCAAAAAUUACAUGAAGGUUAUUAGUACCAUUUCAGGUCACCCUUCAACCAACCGGAAGCACAGCUCUCAGUAUUCUGUAGUAGACAGGAACGGAAUCUCUUUCGCCAUCAGAUUGGCUGGUGUAACGUUGAACUACCUCCCCCACCCAACCACACCACAGUCACUUCAUUCAUUUAGGCCUAGCAGCCAGUCUGGUAGUAAUAUUUUAUCAGACAGUGUUUGUUUGUCUUUCCCGGUUCCCUCCCUGUAUCUAUACUUGUCUUUAUUUUGUCUGUACAUCCAGCGGAGAAUACAGAUUAGGAGGAGACAAAGUGGGAAUGCUGAGGAAAGGGAACCUCAGUUUCCAAAUCCAUGUGCCUAGACCACCAGCCCAUGGGGCCUGCACAUCCAUAUUAUUUUGACUAUCAAUCUGCUCCUGCAAUCUUUCCCUGUGUCCCCUUUAUGUCCAUGUCAGACCUGUCAUUAUGUCCACCUGAAAUCUUUCCCUGUGUCCCCUUUAUGUCCAUGUCAGACCUGUCAUUAUGUCCACCUGAAAUCUUUCCCUGUGUCCCCUUUAUGUCCAUGUCAGACCUGUCAUUAUGUCCACCUGAAAUCUUUCCCCGUGUCCCCUUCUUUAUGUCCAUGUCAGACCUGUCAUUAUGUCCACCUGAAAUCUUUCCCCGUGUCCCCUUCUUUAUGUCCAUGUCAGACCUGUCAUUAUGUCCACCUGAAAUCUUUCCCUGUGUCCCCUUUAUGUCCAUGUCAGACCUGUCAUUAUGUCCACCUGAAAUCUUUCCCUGUGUCCCCUUUAUGUCCAUGUCAGACCUGUCAUUGUAAGUCCACUAAGUGCUAUGCCCACUUGGUCAAGUCUGCGGCUGUGUCUGAAAUGGCACCCUAUAUAGUGCACUACAUUUAACCAGGGCCCAUAGGGUAAAAGUUUGGACACACCCUGGGUCACUACCGCUAUGUCCCUGUGUUCAUCCCAGAGUUAGUAUUUGAAAUGUCUCCGUGCAUCACAAUGUGUCCACCCGAAAUGUGGGAUGAGUCCCAAAUGGCACCCUAUUUCCUAUAUAGUGCACUACUUUUGACCAGAACCAUAUGGGCCCUGUUCAAAGGCAGUAUACUACAUAGGAAAUUGGGUGCCAUGUGGGACACAACCUAUGUUUUGAGAUGACAUCAUUAGCCGUUGUCAUUUCAGCCAAUCAUCGCUAAGUUCAGGACAGUGGUACGGUGUGUGAGGUGUUGUGCAGGCACAGCCUAGUUUGUAACAAUACUGAUGGAACUUUGUUUUUAGAGAAUCAUGUUAUUGAACUUGUUGCAUAUCAUGAAAUUGGAACGUGAAAUGUCUGUAUAGUUAUAUAGAAAUGCCAAAUCAGUACCUAUCACCGAAACCUUUAAGGUCAGCUAUUACACGUGAGCUUUUACAGAGAGUUGUAGAUUAGUUUUACAGAAAAGUAUUUAUUUGUAUAAACGUGGGAAAGAAAGAGCACUUGUCGAAACCUGAUUCAAUCUGGAGAACCAACCAGCCAACCGUCUUGAAAUUUUAAACAGUAUUUACAGUUAACAUUACCAUAUGAGAGAAAAUCAUAUACAGAUGUGUUGCUCAAAUCAACUCCAAAAGCUGGUUGAAUCUGACCAACCAACCGUGCUCAGUGUUUAAAAACAAAACAUUAUUUACAGUUAACAAUACUGCAUGAGGUCAAAUAAAACAGCAUUUACAGUUAACAGUACUGUAUGAAGUAAGAUGGAUGCACCUGAACCCCAAUAUCACUGUCCCCAUGACAACGACAGUAGAACCACCUCAUUGGAGCAGGACUUCAUUUAGCAGGUACAUUGUGGCUUCUAGGCUAUUUUAUUUAGAGUACAGAACAUCCCAAAUGGCACCCUAUUCCUUAUAUUGUGCACGACUUUUGACCAUAGCCCUAUGGGGGCUAUGGUCAAAAGUAAUGCACUAUAUACACUAUAUAGGAUAUGGGGUGCCAUUUGGGAUGGAGACAUAGUGUGUAUGUAGUAGCGCUUGAAUCUAAAAGAUAAUACUGUCAUGUAAUAAUGAAUUGAAUUAUUCAUAAAUGAAAUGUGUGUGCUUUAUUGUAAGUGCCUGGGAAGCAAGUCUUUUUUUGUGCUAGCCUGGUCCCAGAUCUGUUUGUGCUCUUGCCAACUCCAUUGCUCAUUGUCAAGCCAAACAUGGCAUGACAAUAAGUGAAAAGAAGUUGACAUGAUAGCACGAACAGACUGGCACUCGGGUAUGCGUAGUACCUAUAGAAGCCUGAAAUGCACUAUGAGAAUGUAAAGCCAUAGUUUUGCUGCAUAUGCUUGUUGGAUGUUCUCUGAUAUUUUUAAGAUUUGAGAGUUGCUUUGCUAUUUAUUUGAUUUGCGCAUCCCGAAAAAUAACAUUUGGUUCAUCCACAUCACAAUUGCUCUCCAACUAUGAGAGUAGGAGUGGUGAUCUAGGAUCUGUUUUGCCUUUUAGAUCAUAAUGAAUUAGAUAACAUGGACGGGGAGGGGACCUGAUCCUAGAUCAGUACUGCUACUCUGAGAUGCUUUAUGAAUACAGCAACUUUCACAUAUUUCCACCGCUGUGUGUGAGAACAUCCAUUAUUAUCACUGAUCUUAUAACAUUUGUAAUAAUAAGAUCAUAUUAUGCGGGCCAAUGUGGUGAAGAGAAUGUAAGAGGAUCCAAAACAAUGUAUUAUAAAUAGGCUUUGAAUAGAAAAUGUCAUAUUUAAAGACAUACUCCGGAACUUUGAUGACAAAGAAGUAUUUUUUUCAACCGCCCGCUUUGGGUUGGAUGUGUCAAUGUGUGGUUCAUACAUGCAUAAUUACUGUCUUGCCUCAAUUAGCCACAAAACCCAGAGUUUGAAAGCGACUGUUUUCUGGAAGCUGUGUGGCGCCAUUUUCCAUACUUUUUCACCCACGCGGGAAAGCCCCCUAGCAACGAGGUUCAGCCAAUGAGCUUUUAGCCCCUCGCCAUUUGAGUGACAGUUAGCAAGAUGCACAAACAGCAGAGCAAGAGAGAGAGCGAGCAAUGACGUGGUGCACAUAUCUGCACAUAUGUGACGUAGUACGCAAUUUCCGGGGACCACUUUUGGCUCGUGAGCAUUACUUUCAGAACUACUGGCUAAAAAGUAUACACAAGUACCGGAGAAUCUCUUUAAGUGAUUUCACUGAUGUUUUUGGGGUGCUUCUCUUUGUGAAGUAAUAAAUGAACAGAUUUCAA